CUCCUGUCAUUCUUCGCCUUCCUCGGUCAUCACUCGUCACGUCAUUCGGCACUCAACAGCCACUUUGUCGCUCUAAGAGCAUCUUGUCUCAUCAACACCCUUCUCCUUCAAUCGACCGUCCAACCAUCUGUCUACCCGUCCGUUCACACACCCAAAAGGGUCGUCUCCGCAGCACGCUGCAGCUCAGCCGCCGAGAUGCGAACGUGACCGAAUCCGCGUUCCCACUUUCUGCCUGCCGCCCGACCCAGCCGAACACGAAACCCUUUUCGACCUUUCUCCGUUGGCCAUUCUCUGUUCUUCUUCAUCCUUUCGCGUCCUCGAACCGCCAGUAGAUCCGAUUCACCAUCCAUCAUUCAUCUCCCUGUGUAAACAUUACGACACCACGAAUACCCCACCCACCAACCGUCGCUCCCCCCACGAAGCAUUUCCCACUAUGACCGAAGCAUCGCCGAUCCAUUGAAUCAAAGCCCGACCACCCUUCCUCCGAUGCCACCUUCUCCCGCAACGACACCCACUGGCUGCUCAUCGCCAUGACGAUACACACCCACCAUCACCACCACACCCACCAACCCUCCGCCGCCGGGCCCGGCGGUGCCUCUGAUGCAGCUGCUGCCCUCAAGGGCGCGAACCUCGCCUUCAACAAGACGAAGACGCAGCCGAAGCCCAUCCCGCCCCCGAAACCCACCACAGGCCGUCGUCGCGGGGCAAGUCUCGUUGCCGUAUCUACCGCCUCCAACUACGACCGAAGCACGAGCACGAGCCCAGUGCAGCGCCAACAUACAGGUACAACGAGCCUGUCGACGACCCCGGGUGAUAGGGACCGUUUCGGCCGCGAUGGCACGACCGACAUGCGCGACCGCCUGUCCAACUUCCUGUCCUCGAGUCCCGCUGCCGCCGCUGCCCAUCUGUCCCCGCACACGAGGCUCGAUCCCAAGAGCCCCAGCUACAUCGCCGCGACCCUUGCCGCAUCCCGCAGCGUGUCGCCCACGCCGCAGCCGCACGCGAGCCCCGCGUCCCUGACGCCUGCCCAGCUGAACCAGCUUCAUCAGAUGCAAAAUGCGAGGUCCGCCGGCGCCAGGAGGGCCAGGCCUGGGAGCGCCGAGUCGUCGAGCGUCGUCAGCAGUCUCGAAUUGCCCGACACGACCUCAAUCCCCGCGACGGGGCAUCUGAUACACAUGUUCGAGAAGGGGGGAGGAGCCGACGACCUUGAUCCUGUCAAGAGGAGUGGCGGCGGGGUCGUGAGGCCCCAAUUGCGUGCCCCGACGCCCGAGAGGGAACUCAGUCCGUCGAGGGCCAAGGCGGCAAGGAUGGGCAUUGUGGAAGAGGAGGCGUCCGUCGUGCAGAAGCCAGUGGUUACGAAGCCGAAGCCGAAGCCCAAGGCGAAGCCGCGGCCCGUGACGCCUGCGCUGGCUGCUGAGGGGAAUCCUGUGGAGGACAAGGCUACGCCGAUGGCAAGGAAACCCGUGCCGGCGGCAGCCAACCCGCUGCUGUCGCCGGCUCGAGUUGUCCACAGGCGAUCCGAGUCUGAGCAGACGGCGCCAUCUAGGAAACCCCACCCUUCCAUCACCAUGUCACCAGUUGCCCCUGAGGCGCCAGAGGUUCAGUCAAAGUCGCAGCUUACUCGGGUUCCCAUAACCCAGACCACCAGACCAGCGUCGAGGGUGCCUCCAGCAACACCGGAACCAAGGAGAGCACGGCCCAAAGCCCAACAGACUGCCGCUCCCAGCUCGCCGCCCGUGGUUAAACGGGCAGAAACGGAGGUGGUUUCCCCUAAGCCGACGAGACCGGCGUCCAAGGCCAAGCUGCGGCCGCCGACGCCACCACAACCCCGUGGCUCAGUCAGUAAGGCAAAAGUGUCCGAAGCGCCGCCGUUGACCCAGCCUCGGAGCAUGGCGUCCGUCUAUGGCCGUGGCCCCCCCAAGGAGCCCUCCCGUCGCCCCAGCUCCGAGGCCCGACCGUCUACCGCUGACACGAGCUCAUCUAACGACACGUUCGUGUCGGCCGAGUCGGAUCUUACUGCCAUGCCUGACGACGGCCCAGCCCGGCCAGCUCCACGCCCGAUGCGCUCGGCUCAAAGCACACCCGGUCGCUCCUCAGCCAACAGCUCGCCAAGCCGCGCGACGCCCGGGCGGACUCCUGUGUCGUCGUCGGGCACCAACAUGCCCUUAAACUCGCUGUCCAACGCCAUCAUGGCCGGGUCUCUCGCUGCAUCCCGCCUGACGCCCUCGAACACGGGCAACUCGACGCUCUCGCCGGCCCCGAUGCUGCCCGGGCGCACAAAGUCCCCGCGCAUGCGGCAGACGCUCCGCCAGCCGCCGUCCAAGUCGGACGACGAGGAUGAGAUGCGCAAGAAGAAGCACCAGCGCGCCAGCAACAAACACUCGCACCGCGAGGGCGCGCGGCGGCGGUGGCGCGACGAGAUCACGCUGCGCGAGCGACGGCGCUACGAGGCCGUGUGGGCGAGCAACCGCGGCAUCCUGCUUGUGGCCUCGCCCCAGUCGCCUGAGGCGCCAGCAGCUAUCACUGCUCCCCCUCCCGACGCCGCCGACUGCGUCGUCAACGUCGUGGUGCGUGAGAUCUGGAGGCGGUCGCGGCUGCCGCUGGAGGAACUGGCGGAGGUGUGGGAAGUCGUUGACCGCGGGCGGAGGGGCAUGUUGUCCAAGGCCGAGUUCGUGGUUGGCAUGUGGCUCAUCGAUCAGAGGCUCCGGGGGCGGAAAAUCCCGAUGAAGGUGAGCGACAGUGUGUGGAAUAGCGCCCAGGGCGUCAACGUGCCGCCGCCCAAGGUGAAGAAGUAAUGAUAUCGCGAUGGAUUUGUUGAAAUGGGGUGAAGGGAAACGAGAAAGAGUUGAGAAAGAGGGUGAUGACACGGCAUAGCAUCUGCGUUGCAUUGAUACCCCCCGCUGCUGUAGAAUUUUUGCAUCCUGAAGAAUACAUUCUCCGCACCGCCCGCCAUGUGCCGGGCGUUGAUCCAGUCCCUUACUCGCCGCAUGGCGCUGCUGAAAGUCUGCCAUCAUACACUUGCGAUUACCAAAAAGGGGACACAUGAGCGAAAGAUGUCGCUGGUAUCAUAUUUGCCCAACACAUGCGGGGUAUCUUGAGUAUGGCAUGAAUGCGUUGUGACAAGCAAGGGACUUGGAUGAGGGUACUCGAUAAGGGACUAUGAAGAUCGUACUCUUCUCCGCCGAGAAGCCCGGAGCGUGUUCCGGCGAGAUGUGGAGCACGACAAUCGACAAUUGACGAGGUGUGGGUCCCGGGCACCCGCGCGCCCUUCGGAUGACCUGGGAACGACAUGCUUGACAUGGCUGGC